GUCUCAUUUCUCUACCAGCUCCAGGUGAAUCAACAACAGGACUAUCAUCACUCCGAUAACUUGCUCGUUUCUUCUCAAAAUAAACCAAAAAUCAUUGAUCUCAAGGAAGAAAAAUUGGAUUUAUCAAAAUAAACGACAGUUUGGGAUUCUAGUCAACAGUUCAUUUGGGUUACUUACUUGCAUUUCCUGCCAAGAGGAAGACACGAGGCGCAAUUACAAGGCAGGCGAAAGGAUAAUGGUGGUGGUGGAUAACAUGGGGAUGGAGCAGGAGAAUAAAACUUGGGCGAUAGUCUACGCCAAGAGUCAGUCGCUCUGGUGCAGUCUGUUAGUGAACUUAGUGAACCUGCUUAGGCUUUGGCACUCAUUUUGUCACCUUUGUUACCUACGCUGGGUCAGUGGUGGGGAAAAAGGAAAUUGGAGUUUGAUUGGCGAAACCGAUAUCAACGCCAGCACUUACACGAGUGAUUGUUGUGCUCAACAACAACAAGAAGAGCAAGCAGACGACGUUACCACGUAUUCUAAAAAGAAAAUGACGAUCCAAGUUUCCGCCAUGGCUGAUGCCAUGGUCAGUCCUGACCAGGACCAGCACGUUCAUGAACAAGUCCACAAGUUUUCGCUUCCCAUUACCCUAAGACUGAAUUCCGAGGAGUUGUUGGAGGGGUCAUCAGAUGGGGAUGAAGAUUUGCUCAUUGACGAGUUCAACCGAAGAGGUUCUACACAAAAGACGGAGGAUAGAGACAGUUGCAGUGGGUACUCUUCAGGAAGUGGGAGCUCUCUGCCAGGCUCACCUAUCCCGAGCUCAAAUUUAAAAGAGCUUGCCCACUUGUCCUCAGAUGAACAUGAAAACGACUGCUUGAAUGGCGGAGAAGCUGUAGCCCUUGCUCCAAGACGAGACAGUGAUUCCAGUACUGCGAGUGAUGAUGUAGAUGUUGAAGUAUCUCCGGAAGUCGCGGCACGAAUCGUCUCCCAAGUCGAGUCUAUGUUUUCAGAUGAUCAUUUGGCUAAAGAUGGAUUUUUGCUCAAGCACGUUCGAAGGCGAUCUGAUGGCUUCGUGUCACUCAAAUUGGUGGCCGGUCUGCGUAAAGUGAAGCAAAUUUCGAGGGAGUUUCCCGUGGUACUGAAUGCUCUCAAGUCUUCGGAUAGCUUAGAGGUGAACACUGAUGGAACCAAGAUCCGAAGGAAAGAACCCCUAACCUCCGAACUCAAAGCGAUGCCCAUCAAACAAGCAAAGAAGGAAAAGACGGCACCGGGUGGCGAUAAGGAGAAAAACCAGGCUGAGAAGGAGAAUCAAAACUUGUCUGAUGACCAGCAAUUGGCUCGAAAACGACGCCAAAAGGGUGACAGGCUGAAUGAACUUCACUAUGAUCGUGGGAACCAGCAGCAGAACCAAUACUACAAGAACACUAAUUCCGGACGAUCUUCAUUCUCUUCCACAACUGAUGAAUCGCCUCUUCGACGACGAGGAGGGUCCCUGCCAAUUGCCGCACUCGCGCAACACCGUGGAUCCACCGCUGGAAACUACCUGUAUCCAAAUGCCUCCCCACCGAACGCCGCCUCCGGGUUUCUGCGCCCAAAGUCAAACAGUUACUCUGAAGGGACGGACCCCUCGGCGGCCACCAUGAGCUCAUGGCUACAGAAAAGGAAGGCCUCCGCCGCUUCCACCCGACUCUCCAGCGGUGAAAUUUCUCCCGCAGGUGUGAUCCGCCAACCUCGAGGACCAGACGGGUCCAAAGGCUUUCACCCGGGUUAUCGUACCCUCAUCCUCGAGGAGCGACUUCAACGGGAAAUGAUGCAACAGUUGAGCGCUUUUUCUGCCUAAGUGCAUCUUGUAGCAAAUAGAAUAAAAAUGUGAAAUACAAAUUUAUAUUUAUAUGUAGAAAAAAAGUCAGAUCAUUAUAUUAUGCUCUUUGUUACAAAUGUUAUAGUUUAUGUUAUGCCGUUACAGUUUUAGUUGUUAAUUUAUACACGAGUAUUAUAUUGUGGAAUAACUAGUAGGAAUAUUGGUACUGAAUCUGCCAUAGUAUGUAGUAUAAAUAUGUCCAAUUCAAUUUCAAGCGCAUCAAGUGGUCUGCGUGCCAUUUGCUACCAGAUUUUGAGAGUUGAGACGAUAAUCAUCUUGAAACAUGUCUUAAUUUACCAACAUAUUAUUAUUUAUUUUAUUGACUGUAUAUUAUUAUCGCAACAUACAUAUCCUGUACGUAUAUUUGUUAGGGUUGUCAGUUGUCAUUUUAAUGGUACAUUUAGUAUCAUAGUCUAUUUCAUGAAGCUCACAUAACAAACUUCUUCUGAAGUUCUUUAGUUCUCUUCCCCCCAUCUUUACAACAAAGUUACUUGGUGAAUUCACCUGGUAUUCAUAUUUAUAGUAAUUAUGAUGUCAAACAAAUUUCUUAGUCAUUUUGAUGUCAAGAAGCAAUAACAUUUAAUAUACAUUUUUGUUACAAACUCAACAAAACAAUUUAAAAUGUAAACCUGUGAUAAAAUUAUUACAUGCAGUUUAUGCAGUCUCCUCGAAAUAACUCGA